CUUGCUAGUCGCUAGGAAAUCUAACUCCGUUUAAUCCACUUUGAAUAUCUUAGAAGAAACAUGUCAGAAGAUAAAAUAGAUGUUUCCGAAGUUCGGAAAUCUUUUCAACAUUUCUCAUGGAUUGACUAUUCAGUUUUCGUGGUAAUGUUAUUGAUAUGUGGAGGUAUAGGAGUGUUUUUCGGUUUUGUAAAGAAGCAAAAAUCUACCCAGGAUUAUUUGAUGGGUGGGAGGAAUAUGAAAUUGGUUCCUGUCUGCUUUUCUCUAGUUGCUAGUUUUAUUUCAGGCAUAUCUCUUUUAGGUACACCGACCGAGUUAUAUAUUUAUGGUACUUCAUAUUGUUUCUUCCUAAUUGGUGCAUUUAUGAUGUCUGUAGUAAUAUCAUUUACCUUUCUACCUGUGCUACAUGAGUUGCAACUGACAUCAGCUUAUGAGUACCUUGAGAUGCGUUAUGAUAAACGGCUAAGAGUUUUUGGAUCGGUUCUGUUUAGCGUUUAUUUGAUGGCUUGGUUGCCUAUAGUUAUUUACGUCCCUGCGCUAGCCUUUAAUCAAGUAACUGGUGUAAACAUUCAUAUUGUGACACCAAUCGUGUGUUUUGUUUGUAUAUUUUAUACUUCAUUGGGAGGUCUUAAAGCAGUUGUUUGGACGGAUGUGAUUCAGACAGUUAUCAUGAUAGGUGCAAUGCUUUUAGUUAUCAUUAAAGGGUCUAUUCAUGUUGGCGGUUUCCAAGAAGUUCUUAGUAGGAGCUGGGAUACUGGACGAUUGGAAUUUCCUCCUUUCAGGCUAGAUUUAACAGAAAGACAUUCAAUAUGGGCGGUGUCCAUAGGGUCAACAUUCUACUGGGUCGGUAACAUUGCUGUGAACCAGGCCAUGUUACAGCGGUUCUUGUCUUUACCAGACCUUAAACAGUCUAAGAGGGCCGUAUGGGGUUUCCUUGGCGGUGUAACGUGCAUAGUUUUCAUCUGCGGGUACAGUGGUCUGGUGGCGUAUGCUCGGUACUAUGAUUGUGAUCCGUUGGACUCUAAGCUGGCUUUAGCCAAGGAUCAACUGCUGCCGUUACUCGUGAUGGAUUUACUCUCUGAAUGGAAGGGCAUGCCGGGAGUAUUUGUGGCAGGGGUCUUUAGUGCUGCCUUGAGUUCAUUGUCAACGGGUCUGAAUUCAAUGGCUGCCGUGGUCUUAGAAGAUUUCUGGAAACCCUUCUUUAAGGAUUUGAAUCAUAAGCAGACACAGAUCCUUAUUCGCGCCGUGGUUGUCAUACUUGGAGGUAUAUGUAUAGGUUUAGUGUUCGUAGUUGAAAUGUUGGGCUCUGUUCUACAACUUACGAUGAGUUUGUCGUCAGCGUCUAUGGGGCCUUUGACCGCUGUGUUUCUCAUGGGUCUAUUUCUACCUUUCAUUGACUCUACAAGUGCUCUAGCCGGCGGCGUAGUAGGUUUGUCUACAGCAUGGUGGUUGGCGGCGCAGUCGCAGCUCGCACAGGCUCGAGGACACCUCAAGUUUGAUGAAAAGCCUCGCUUCACUCAUAACUGCACGUAUUUUUUUUAUCAAACUGUACCACAGGUUGAUGGAGAUGACAGCGAAGUACCUUAUUUAUAUCGGAUAUCAUACUUAUGGUUCACGGCAUUCGGAUGUACGGUGACCAUAAUAGUAGCUUGCAUUGUAAGCUUGAGAAAAUCCCAAGAAGUGCUGAAGGAUAGAAGAUUAUUUGCGCCCGUCCUGAGACGGUGGUUGGAAAAGAAAUAUAAGGUAAAGCAGAUUGAUCUCGAGGAAAGAUACAGUUGA